AUGAGUGAAUACGUUCACACAACUUCUAAGAGUGAGACUGGAUCUGAGAAAGAUGAAGGGGAAGAUGAAGAGAAAGAGACAGUCAUCCUCGACCCGGAUUUCUAUCCACCUUCAGCCUCAUCCAAAGCCGUGUCUUCCUACUUGAACUUCCAUGGAUCGGUUGUCGGAUUCUACUAUCCGCGCCGUAUGGAGCUGAAGAACGGUGCGACCCUGCCUGCGCUUACGAAUGUCGAAGAGAUUGCUCUCGGUACCCAAUCAAAUGAAAUGCCCAGCUCAGUGUCCGGGACAAUCAAUGAGCAAUUGAUUGCAUAUUUCGUGGCUCGUGCGAUUGAAUUCGAAUCUCAGAACCGGCCACCAGAAUAUUGUGAUGGCUUGAGGCUUUCUGACUUCGGGUGCAAUAUUAUCACUCAAUGUCCAAAUACGAACAUGUGGAAUACAAAGAGAUCGCGAAUGCUACUGUGUUUCGGUUCUAUGUCUGAUAUAAUCUCUAUGGAUGCAUUCAAUGAGAUUGUGGGAUAUCAGUCGCGUUGCAUGUCUAGCAGGAAAAUUCACGCUCCUCUAUUCUAUACACCAUUGGCAAGUACAUCGUUGCGAUGGGCAUUCAAAAGAAGUGGACAAGUGUAUACCACGGAAUUCAAUGUUGUGAUGGGCCUUGACGUUGAUUUGGUUAUCGGCUGGCGCUCCAUGCGGAAAUUGGAGCUGUAUAGAGCGGUACCCCUACUUGCUUGGAGAAUGUGCGCACCUUGA